CGGCAGCGGAACGGGAUGAAGCAUACUGGUCUUGGGGGCAGGAGAUGGGUGCAGAUGGGCUCAUCCCUCCCAUGCACGGCUGUCCUCUCCCUCCAGGUGAAGGAGAACAACUACCGGGGCCACGGGGACAGUGUGGAUCAGCUCUGCUGGCACCCCAGCAACCCUGACCUCUUCGUCACGGCGUCUGGGGACAAAACCAUCCGCAUCUGGGAUGUCCGCACCACCAAGUGCAUCGCCACUGUCAAUACCAAAGGGGAGAACAUCAACAUCUGUUGGAGCCCUGACGGACAGACCAUUGCAGUGGGGAACAAGGAUGACGUGGUCACUUUUAUUGAUGCCAAGACGCAUCGCUCCAAAGCUGAGGAACAGUUCAAGUUUGAGGUGAACGAGAUCUCCUGGAACAACGAUAACAACAUGUUCUUCCUCACUAAUGGAAACGGUUGCAUCAACAUCCUCAGCUACCCAGAGCUGAAACCCAUUCAGUCUAUCAACGCCCAUCCUUCAAACUGCAUCUGCAUCAAAUUUGAUCCCAUGGGGAAGUACUUUGCCACGGGCAGUGCUGAUGCAUUAGUCAGCCUCUGGGACGUGGAUGAACUGGUGUGUGUGAGGUGCUUCUCGAGGCUUGACUGGCCUGUACGAACUCUGAGUUUUAGCCAUGAUGGGAAGAUGCUGGCAUCAGCAUCAGAAGAUCACUUCAUUGACAUUGCAGAGGUGGAGACAGGAGAGAAGCUCUGGGAGGUGCAGUGUGAGUCCCCCACCUUCACAGUGGCCUGGCACCCGAAGAGGCCGCUGCUGGCCUUCGCCUGUGACGACAAAGAUGGCAAAUACGACAGCAGCCGGGAGGCAGGCACCGUCAAGCUCUUUGGGCUCCCCAAUGACUCCUAAUGAAACCGCAGUGGGGGAGGCAGCGCUUCCCUGCUCUUGGGGGUGGGAGAGUGCUUAAUUAGUGUAGGUCGGGGUAAGGAGAUGGCUCCCCUCCUUGCGACCUUUGGCUUGGCUCUGUGUCCCGCUCUUGGGAGCAUUUGUAAAAAAGCAGCUUGUGUGCUGGGGAGUAUGGGAGGGAUUCUAGCAGGGCCCCUCUUGCUGUCUGAGGGUUGCUGCCUCCUCUCUGGGGUGUGGGGGGGCUUGUUCCAAAGGCAAGUGGCCAAAGAAAGUCAGUCACUGAGGGUGACUGCUGGGGAGGAGCCUCCGUGAGAGGAGCUCUGCUCUGGUGAGAAGGGCAGCCCUGGGAGCACAGUCUGCCCCUUCCCCUCCCAGACAUCCCCUGUUCCUUCUGCACACUGGGGCAGUGAGGGGAGGGUAGGAGGGGUGUGAGUUGGGGGAUGUUUCCCCAGCUGGGGCUUUUUUU